CUCAGCGCAGCGGGGCGGGCGCGGAGCGGCGGCGGCUGCGGCCAGGAGGGAUGUCGGGGACCCGCUGCCAGGCGUUGUACCCCUUCUCCGGGGAGCGGCACCGGCAGGGGCUGCGCUUCGCGGCGGGAGAGCUGAUCACGGUGCUGCAGGUGCCAGACGGCGGCUGGUGGGAAGGGCAGAAGGAGGACGGGCUGCGCGGCUGGUUCCCGGCCAGCUACGUCCAGCUGCUGGAGCAGAAACCCCGGAAGGCAACUCCUCAGCCAGGAGAAGAUACCUUGAACGGCCACCUUCCCCCCGGCUGGCAGAGCUACAUGUCUCCCCAGGGUCGCAGGUACUAUGUGAACACCUUCACAAAUGAAACGACGUGGGAGCGGCCGAGCAGUGUCCCUGGGACUCCAAAGAGCCCUGUGUCACAGAAGAGUUCUGCAGUGAAUGGCUACUACAUCUCUGGGUCCCCAGUACACCAGCUCGACUCAGGGCAUAUGAGCCUCCGAAAAACCAGCGGGGACCCCCAGAGCCCGGGCUCCCCGGCGGCGCCGCGGCGACAGAGCAAGGAGAGCAGCCUGACGAUCAACUGUGUGACUUUCCCCCACCCUGACGUAAUGCCAGAGCAGCAGUUGCUGAAACCUUCAGAGUGGAGCUACUGUGAUUAUUUCUGGGCAGAUAAGAAGGACUCACAAGGGAACAAUACAGUGUCGGGAUUUGAAAUUCUUCUUCAAAAGCAACUUAAAGGGAAACAAAUGCAGAAAGAAAUGGCAGAGUUUGUUCGAGAAAGGAUAAAGAUUGAGGAGGAAUAUGCUAAGAACCUGUCCAAACUGUCUCAGAAUUCCUUGGCUGCUCAGGAAGAAGGCACACUGGGAGAAGCUUGGGCUCAACUCAAGAAGAGUCUAGCUGAUGAAGCAGAGGUUCAUCUCAAAUUUUCUUCGAAGCUUCAGAGCGAGGUAGAGAAACCCCUGCUCAACUUCAGAGAGAACUUCAAGAAAGACAUGAAGAAGUGUGACCACCACAUCGCGGACUUGCGGAAGCACCUGGCCAGCCGCUACACAGCCGUUGAGAAGGCUCGGAAAGCCUUGACAGAGAGACAGAAGGAUCUGGAAAUGAAAACACAGCAGCUAGAGGUGAAACUCAGCAACAAGACAGAAGAGGAAAUCAAGAAGGCGAGGCGGAAGUCCACUCAGGCAGGGGAUGACCUGAUGCGCUGUGUGGAUCUUUACAAUCAAGCCCAGUCCAAGUGGUUUGAGGAGAUGGUGACCACCACUCUGGAGCUUGAGAGACUAGAAGUUGAAAGGGUGGAGAUGAUUCGGCAGCAUCUGUGCCAGUACACACAGCUGCGGCAUGAGACAGACAUGUUCAACCAAAGUACAGUAGAACUUGUGGAUCAGUUGCUUCGGAAAGUGGAUCCUGCCAAAGACAGGGAACUGUGGGUAAAAGAACACAAAACUGGAGAUAUCCGACCUGUGGACAUGGAAAUAUAGACUGAUCUGUAGUUGGAUGCGAUGAGUCCACUGAAUUAAGCAGGCUGACGUUUGUUUGUAAGGGUCAAAAGAGCAUAGGGAAAAGGUUGUUUCACUACCAGACACCUUGUAAUUUAUGCCUGUAUGGGCUAUCUCUGUUCCAUUUAGUCAUUACAAUGGUCCUCGUUGUGCUAAGCCUUAAGCACCAGACAUUCCAGGGUGAAAAAAACAGAUGUGUGCUUCCCACCAGAGGUUCCCAAUUGCACGCAGCUUCCAGGAGAAAUCUGCUUUCUGGUACAGAAAGUGCUCUGUUCUUCAGUGACUUUGUGCUCCACCCCUUGCAUGACUAUCUCUAUACAGUUUGUUAGAACAACCAUGCAGUGAGCCUCUGGCCAGCAAGUAGAUAACUGAAAAUGAUGCAGGAGGCAAGGAAGUCCUGAUCAUGAAUCCCAGGUCUAUCACUGACUGCUUUCAUGGCCACAGGCAAGUCAAUUAACUCUCCUGGCUCCCCCAUCUAUAAAAUAAGCGUAUCUUGCAGCAAUGUUGUGUGGAUACAUUGAUUCCAUAUAACACUGUCUUUCACCACGGCAGUGAAGUGAUGGCCCUUCUCCCAAAAUCCAGGGAGAAGAUUCCUGUUCUUCCUGUUUUAUACUCCCUCUCAGGGAUACAUAAACCCAUUUUCAUGAUUUCUGUUGUAGGCCACUCGAUAAGUUUGAAAGUGUUGCCAUCACAAUUUUUUAUCAAGAAAGACUUGGUUGUACUAUACCUACCUCAUUAGCUGUCAGAGUGCCCUCGAUGACAGAAGGAGGUUAUAUUCCAAGGAAUAAAUGAGAUGUUAAAAAUCUUUCCUGCUCAUGCAAGGUGUUUUUCCACAGAAUCUCCUUAAAGACAGUCCUCUAACAGUUUACUUGGGAUUCAGGUUUAAAUUUCCUUCGUUGGUUUCUUCAGGUGAAUAUCACAGACCUUAGGUAUUUUUAAUUACUGAGUUUGUCCAGCUAAAUUUUGGCUUUUAUCUUUUUGGAGCCUGAUUUUCAAAGGUGCCAUGAAUAUGUCAUGCUAGAUUGCAUUCAGUGUAGAUGUAGGUGCCCAGCACUUCUGUGCCAUCAGAGUCCUAACCUGAGUUGUUUUCUAUGUUACCCUUACUGCAAACCACCAAAAAAUUCAACACUGCUCUUAGCAAAUAGUGUUACAUAGUUUGGAGACUGGUUUUGAAAAGGUAUUUAUUUUCUUCUGCUGUUACUUCUGAUUGAUUAUUCAGUGUUGCUGUUAAUAUAUUUUUUCAGCAUUUCAUACAAUGCAAAGAUUCUUCAGAUUCUUGCUUUAGAUCCAGGAGAAACCUUGAUUCUCACCACUGUGGCCUUUACUCAGUGUUUACUGUGGUCUUAGCUACAAUUUCCCAAACCAUGGUAUUUCAUUUGACCCACAGUUAUGCUCCAUUUUGUCUCACUGUUACUGUCUUUUUCUCCCCAGCCCCAGAACUGCAUCCUUCCUUUGUUCUACUGCUAUUCCAGGUUUUUGUUCACCAUCCUCCCAAGUGCUGCAAUUAGAUCACUGGGAGUCAAUAUUCCUCUUUACAAAUACAAACUGAGACACAGAAAAGUCUUAUCUGAAGCAUGUUUUUAACAUUGCUGCAGUGGUUAUUUUUCUGGUUUAUUAUUUCAGACUGAAUUCUCUUGCAUUUUUCUAUUGCUCCCUUUUUCUUAACCAUCUCUUUACCAGUUCAGGUUCGUUCCUGCCUUGCAGAUGCCUUCACAACCCACUCCUCUGCUGCUUCAUAACCUUUAUAAACCUUUUGCAUGCUGGCAGUUGUAGUGUCAUGACUACUGCAUGCUCAGGAUCACCGUUCCUGUGUGACACCUCCUGUGCUGCACUUUCCCUGCACACUUGGGAAUUUGGACUACUGUUUUAUUCUUGGUGUUGGAAGAGCACACUGUGAUGUGAGCCUCACCUCAGUUCCUGCAGAGACCAUUGCAACACCAGUUGAAGUGUUUGGUUUGUGAGUGUCCUUGAGCUUAGUUAGAGCCUCCCUGGAAUCCUUUUCUCUUUCCCUUCUUCCCUCAAGCAGGGCAUUGAUGAUCUCUCCUUUUCAGUCUCUCUACUGAUUCACUUGCUGUCUUGCUAAUUUUUUGGGCAUACCAGUGUAUACUUUUCUUACCUUGCACUUCAGAGGACAGGCACUUUUUUAUUUUUUAAGCCACAAGUGCAGGUUGAACUUUCAAAACUUCAGUGGCCAAAAUAACGUGAAUACGUGUAAGCUGCAUUUCAGGUUGCCCCCUCUUCUAGGCUGUAUUGCAAAUUGAAAUGAGCAGUCUUGACAAUGCCUCAGAACAUUCUUGUUUUGAUUACAAAACAAAGCUAGUUGUGCACUUUAUACAGUAUUCUCCUUAAUAAAUACCUGAAAUAAUCUGUUAGCAAUUACACUUUAUUUUUCCUCUUUCUUUAAAGAUGUUUGUUAUAUUAUCUAUUUUGGACUGGAAAUACUGUCCAUUAGCACAGCUUCCUCUGGGGACUGCAAUGUGUUUUGGUUCCUGUACUAAGGUGUAUUUAUGCUGCUCUAAAUUCUUAGGGGGGUUGGUUUUUUUGUUGUUUCUGUUUGUUUGGGGUUUUUUUUUUUUUUUACUUUGGGUUUUAUUUCUGGACAGUUUUCCUGCUUCUAGUUCUUGGUCCAUUUAAAAUGUUUUAGGGAUGUGAUUUGCCCAGAGCAGCAAUUCUCUUGGUGGAGUCUGAUCUCUUUGUCACUUCAAUAAGCAGAGGAGAGCACAGGUACCUGGCUGCUGAUCUUUCCCAGCCCCAGGAGACUCUGGGUUCUGCUCCACGGUGGGUGAGAUGCUUCGUCCACAACAGCACUUCCAUCUGUAUUCAGUGGAAGUUUUGCUGUUGCCUGUAAACAGUUUCCAGCUUACUUCUUUCAAAAGAUGAUAUUCCUCCUUGAUCCAACACUGCAGAUCAGUGUCACCUGGCUCGUUCCCUUCUCUGACUGGUGCAUCCUGCACAGUGUGAUGUCUUACAGGUCAGGGCAUGCUGGAGUUCCAGUGCUUCUAACAGGCAGCAUCUUGAAAGUGGCAUGUUUAAAGGAAAGCAUGGAUUCCUGCUCUCAUGUUUGUUCCUAAGAAGGUAACUUUGGGAGUUUCAGCAUUGCUCUGUUUGUCUUCCACUGAGUUUCAGAGAUGCAGUGGAACUCAGUAUCUCUUCAUGCUCCUCCUAAACAGCUGCUUCUCCAGAGCAAGAUGCAGCUUGGUGUUUUAUUAAAAUCCUGGCAUCCAUGGAUGCUGCGUGAUGAUGCUGCAGUGUGACUGACUAAUAGAGUACCAAAGUAAGUCUCUUCCCUCCAUACGUACUGAGCUUAGGCAUCGUCUCAUUUCAUCUGGCAGCUCCCACGCUUGGUGUGAGUUUUUGCUGGUUUAGUCACUGUGGGUAUCAGAUUGGCAGGGCUCUCUCCCAUCUUCGUGUGCUCUGAGGUCACAGAGCAGGUCAGUUCUCAGUUAACACUGUUUGCUUUCACUGGCAGAGGUAGAACAAGUGGGAGUUUUCCUCUGGUCCUUAGCAGGUAGCUCUGUUUGUCCAGAUCUGUUGAAGCCACCUGUGUUUUGGGAGUGCUGCCACACCUGUGGAGCUCUCUCUUGGUCUGAGCGAUGCUGUCACACACGUGUCCUAUGCUGGAGGGCUCUCUGGCACUCUCCAUUUCAGCCAGAGCCUUUUGGCCCUUGUCUUAGCAAAAGGGCUUCCUGAAUUCCUUCAGGAGUUCAGGUCUGUGGCUUCAGGUCUGUUGAGUGUCCUGACACCAGCGCCAGAGCUGGUGAGGUGCUUGUACCCUCAGCUGCCGUACAGAAUGAGAACUUCUUAUUCAUCAUCCAUGCCUCCCUGCCUGUGUCUUCAAAGCCAUCUUCUGGCACAGUUGAAAUUCUUUCUCUCUAAGGUAUUUUUUCAGCUUGUUUCCUACCAGAACUCGUUCUGGAUCCAGUGCUGUUGGCUGAUUCCUGCUGGAGUUUAUGAGCUGAAAGCAGUGAGUCCUUCACCACAUGGGCCAAAGGUACUCUUCUCCCAUUAGGGGCAAGAUUCCAGUUUCUUUCUUGGAGCAAUAGCCAAAAAAGGCCUAAUUCAGAUUUCCAACUUGCUCCAGAUUCAGUCAUCUCUCUAACUCACACUUGUUCAUCACUCCUAUGGGUUGGACAUCUUUUGAAAGACUUUGCUUGCUCCCUUAUAGGGACGUUAGUUCAUUAUUGGACACUGGAAUUUUAGAAGAUUGCUUUAAUUUUUUUUUUUUUUUUUAAUUUUAAAACACUGUAACAGCAGUGAAAAUGAUACAGAAAUCCCUGUUAUGUCUCUAGACUCCCUUUCCUCCUGUGCAGCCCUUUCUGAGCUGCUGGGGGGCAGCUGUGCUCCCCCUUAUGUUGCACAGGUAAACACUGAAAUCACACUUCCUUGAGUGCCUAACAGGCAAACUUGUGCACUGCUUCUUUUUCCCAUUAUGCAGCUUUUUUUUUCUUUGCUUAGGUUGGGGGUUUUUUUUCCCUAACAGGAAUUUUCUGUGAGGCAUUCACAGGAAACUUCUACAUGCUCGUAGCAGUCAUCAUUUCUCAGGUUUUGUCAGAACCUCCUUAAAGUUUUCCCUGUUUUUAAUGUCAUUAUUUAAGUACUCGCUGCAAGUUAGGCUUGUUACAUACAAAUGUGCAUUCUUCACCUGUUCUUUGGAAGUGCUCAGCACUCAGAGAUUUCUUGGAAUACAACAGGGAGCUAAGAGGUGAGAGUCUUUGAAAAUCAGGCUAACAAACAGAAAUGCACAAGCCUCUUUUUUCCUUACUUGUACUCAAGUACACAGAUAAAGUAAAUACUGAGAAACGAGAAAUACUUAAUGGAUGAGAUGUAGUUGCUCUCUGUGCAGCUCCCAGCAGCUCCAGUAAUGUUCUUGUGUCUGGCUGCAGUCAGAACACACCUCUGGAGUAUGGACCACCAGGUCACCUACUGAUGUAGCUGUAAAAAAUCCAUAAUUCAGUGACAAAGUAGCUCUGCCCGUCUAUUUCUUCAGUCACACACAGGGAGAGAAAGGGCACUGCUUACCCAGGAGGGUCCUUCACUACCAAGCACCUUAAGAAAUCCAGACGAGCACUUUGAAGGUCCCCCUGGAACGAGUAGAUGUGACUUCUUGAUGUGAUUAUUUGAUUGUUUCCUUCUGGACUGAAAACAGAUUUACUAUUUAACAGUAGUAUCUUGUGUGCUCUUGUCCACUAGUGCAGCCUGCUGUGUCUGUUCCCAGAGGUGGCAGGCAGAGUCCAGUGUCCUGGGAGCAGUCCUGGUCCCCCUGACAUUCCUCUCAUUUGGCAAGAACUACGUCUUCAAAAGACAGUGUCAGAAAAGCAGUUUUGAAAACAGUGAGCUUUUCAGUUCACAGUCCUUUCUGGAAGGCCUGAAGGCUUUUUGCUACCCAGUGUGUGUUGAAGUAGGAGAGAGACGUGGCAGAGGUUGCUGAAGCGUUGGCUCUGAGGGGUCCUUGCUGUGUGGACAUUGCUCCCAUCCUGGCACAGGGGUGGGGAAUGGCCCACAGGCAUCCUGUGUGCACCAGAGGAGCCUGCUGGUCCAAUCUAUCUUAAACCAGGUGGGCAAGAGUCACAGGUAAAUUCAGAUUAAAAACAGACACAUAGGGCAGGAAGAUCGUUUCUUCUGUGGCAUCUCUGUCAGACCCUGAUGGGAAACGAGCAGUGGUGAGUAAGUGGCCCAUCAUUCUCCCCAUUCUGCUCAGCACUUGAAAAUCAGUGAUGAAGUGUUCCAUUGUGUCUGUUGCUGAUACAGAGCUCUCCAGCUCACACCUGGUUGCACCCGUGGAAGAGCAGUAGGUGCCAGUGCUGCCCUGGGGACUGGAGCACGGGCUCUGGCAUUUGGCUGCCCCACACCGGGUCGGGUGUGCUGAGCCUUCUGUGCUUCAGGAGCCCGGAGCACACAGCCCUGCUGUUGCACAGUGGGAAUGAAGUCUUUCCUGGCAGCAAAUCCUUGUCUUUUCCUGAGAAGUGUUGUUGUAUAAAUAACACCCAUUACUUUGUCUUACAGUAGAUUUUAUUCAUAUGAGUGGUGCAUCUUUCAGCUCUUAAUUUUUCCCUCUCUGUUGUUACUGUAGCCAGCUCUUCAUCAAUGAAGUACAGCACUUUUCAGGACCUUUUCUUUAAUUCUGAAAUUUCAUAGAACAUAUCUGUUAUUUCGACAUGCUGACCAAACGUCAUGCUUUCGGGUGUUUUCUGAGAGUUUUAAGAGCUUUUUUGGAGAGGUUAUUUUGGUUUUUACUUUGGAGUUUUCCUAUCAGCCACCAGGUUUGGAAGUGUAAUAACUCCUUUUUGUGCUAGCCACAGUUUCUUUUUUCUUCCUGGACAUUUUUUCUGAAGGGAGCAACACAUAGCACAAUUCAACUUAAAUUUCUAAUCCCAUGCAUUCCUCAAGGCAGAAACCUUUUGUGCCUAAUGAUGCAUCUAAGAACUGUAUGUGGAUAAAAUAUUUCAUAGACCAAUUUAAAAAAAAAAGUCUUAAGUUAACCACAUAAUAAUUACAGAAAAAAAAUACAUAUAGAUUUGAGACAUUCAAAUUUAAUUCCCUCAACUUACAUUAAGUUGAACUAUUUCAGGUGUGUCGUAAGAGACAAACUCAGUGGAUAUUCCGAACAAAAGCUUUCCAGCUGCUCUAUCCAGGUUCAGUGAGUGGACAGGACUAUAAUUUUGAAUAUAUGCCGUCUUUUAGGGCUACUGAUUUAACAAGUAACUGAGUAAUGGCUUGUAUCACAACCCUAUUAAAAUUCUGCUAGUAGAUCCCCUUGAAGUGCCUCUUUAAAUAGUAUCAGCUACAAAAAAAAUACAUAAAAAAUACACAAAUUCACCCUACAAAUUGCCAAAUCUCAGGAGCAGCCAUUGUGCACAAAGCUGUGCAGGAUUCUCAGCCCCCUUCCUUGCUCUGAACUGUGCACCCUUUUAGGACACCCACAUCUCCAGGAGACCUGCCUUUGUCUCUGAUAAUUUACUGUCCAGCUCAGGCAUCCUCAGUUCUCAGUGCUUAAAAUGGAAUAGAAAAAAUUGCACUUAAAAGCAACUGCAUUGAAGCCAAUCUUUGGACCCAUCCUUCAGUGUAGGGUUCUCAGUAGAAUAAGCAGGGAAUUCUGCAUAAAAAUAGUAUGCAGUGAUAAUUUUGCAUAGAAGAGUUGUGAUACUUUACUGUGUAAAAUUAAUAAUAAAUAAUAAAACCCCACAGCUUUUUUUUUUCUUACAGCAGUUGCUGAGAAGAAAUGUUCUGGUCCUGGAACUCAAAAGCUGAAUGUGAUUUCAGGGAUCUCACAUCUGCUAACAUAAUAAUCAUAGUCAUGUUAAUCCCAGAAUUUGGGAAUGGUUGACCUGAAAUCCGUUGUUCCUUUGGAGUUUUUUGAUGGAAUGGCUGAGGUUAUCAGAACAGCCUAAGGAAUUUGGAUGUUCAUACUCUUGCAGAUCAAAAGCACUCCUUAGGGACAGCAGUCUCUAUCCAUUAUGAAAACAGCAGGCACUAGUGAUGGACAAAUAACUUUCUUCUCCUUAGAUGAUUUCCUUGUUUUCUGCAACGCAGGACAGUGCGAGAAUUCCACUGGGCAGUUCUGCAGACUCUGUAGCAGCAGGGAUUCACAGGCAGGCCAGAUUACCAGUCAUACACUAAACCAGAGUUUUCUACCAAAAUAAAGUUGCUUAUUUGGUCCUUUUUUUGUGUAAGUUUUCCUAAAUACUUCUAAAUUUCUAGGAAAGUUGUCUUUUGCCAGUACUAAUGACUUGUUUUUAAAGAUGCUUAACCAAAAUUUUGUAACUUCCCAUAAAUUUUGGCUGACUAGACCCCUUAAAUAGUUUAUUUAUCAUACAGCCUCUGUCUGGGUUACUAGUAAAUCUUGGAUCAUUGUGGAAAUUACAGGAUGGCUUUUGUUCCCUAAGGAUAGAUGAAGGAAUCACUUACUGAACUUAAGUUGAAUGAAGAAAAGAUUUAAGGGGCAGAUCUUCAGCUCGGGUAAACUGGCAGGGUUCAGUGGAGCUCCUUGAUGUUGGCUGUGGAUCUUGUCCUUCAGUGUUGAAGGCAUUUCCUCUAUGUAAUUUUUCUGUCUUACUGUAAAACGAUUUCAUAUGGUUAAACUGUAUUUUCCUAUAUUGUUCUGCAAGUUUAUAUACACCAUAGUGCUCAUCUCAUCUCCUGUAAAAUAAACUGUACAGAGACACAUUGAGCAUGGAA